UGUACGAAUAUCGCGGUUGUCAAUUACUCUUAAUGUACAUCACGCAAUUGUACAUUGAUGUGUCAAUACAAAAGUUGAUAAUCGAAAAAAUAUCUGAAAUGCAAAAAGAAAAAACUUGGCUUAUUUCUGUUAAGUGCGAUUCUUUUAAAUAUUCAGUUUCGACCUUGCAUAUGUGGUUUACGAAAGUACCAAUAAGCAUUAUUAAUAAGAUAAAAUCAUCUCUUGACAUAAUAAUUAGCAAUUUAUGUAAAAAUGGUAUAAAUAUAGAGACAAUGAACAAUUUAAUUCAUCAAAGUAUUCUUCAAAGACAAAGGAAACUAGAAAGCAAUCCGCACGAUAUAAUAUCACAGUCAGUCUUUGAUCAUAUGGUGUAUGGAAAUACAGAUAAUGCUGAAUGUGAGAGUAAAGAUCUAGAAGAACGAUUACACACUAUACGUCAACUCGAGAAAUUAAAAACCGAAUCUGUAGAAUAUUUUUUAGAAUUGCUGAAGACUUACUUUUUGGACGUACCAAUGGUUGUUGUAAAAGGCAAACCAAAUGUAGACGAGUAUAAUAAGUUGCAAGAAGAAAAAAACUAUAUAGAUGAACACAUCGCAAAGAAAUCUAUAUCUACCGAAAUACUGACGAGUGUGCCUAUACCUGGCAUAGAUUCUAUCACAUUUUAUCAACUUAAGAGAUAUACCACAAAAACGUUCAAACAACAUCCUAAACUAGAUUUAAAAAAGCUGCCAUUUUUUACUUAUUUAAAUGACAUUAAUACAAAUUUUAUUUAUUUAUAUGUUUUAGUAGACACUUCCUCUAUUAGUAACGAAUAUAGAAAGUAUAUUCCGUUAUUGCUGGAAGUCAUCAGAGAAUCUAUAAAGAAAAGAACUGAUUUGGGAGACAUUACUACUCAAAUUGGUUAUAUUAGUCCGCACAGUAUAUCUCUACUGUUUCAAAUGGAAGUACACAACUAUGAAAAAGGUGUACAAUUGUAUAAACAGCUUGUAUUUGACACUGAACUAACGGCCGACAAAUUGACAAUAUUAAUAACACAAGUAACAAAUAGUCUUAAGCAAACAACACGAAAAGAUAAUUGUAUUCUUCACACUUUAAUGAUAAUAUUGCUGUAUAACACAGACGAUUUUCCGUUUUCAUUCAACAUAUACCAGCUGUAUGUUUUGUGCAGUCAGAUCAGAGAUUAUCUAAAUACUGCAGGAGAAAAGAAAGUGUUAGAGGAAAUUGAAUAUGUUCGAAAAACGAUGACUUCACCACAGAAUAUGUUUGUGUACAUGGCCGUCAAUGUCGAUAAAUUAACCAAACACGUUCCUGAUGUCUAUGCUCCGUGGAAUAAAUUUUUUUCGGAUUUUAUGACAUCAAAAAAAACAAAGCCUAAUGUCACCAGUGACUGGGAAUUCCUUAAACCUUUUAAUGACAUAACUGAGAACGGUUAUAUUCAAUCAUCAGAAUAUGUACAAUUGUCCUCCUUUGUUCAAGUUUGUCCGUGUAUAAAUGAUUGUCACGAUCCUGAUUUGGCAGCUUUACUUGUCUGUUUACAGUAUUUCUCACAAAUGGAUGGACCUUUAUGGAAAGUAAUGAAAGCAAAAGAAUGGUCUUGUGACUUUAUUAUUUUUGCGAAUCCGAUCAAAGGACUCUUAAAUUUACAGCUUUCUACAGCUACAGACAUAGUAGCUGCGUACAAGAAGACGAAGUGGAUAGUGGAGUCGCAUAUUACGAAAGCCAAAUGGGUCCAACAUCUUUACGACUCAGCUAAAUCGUUAGCUAUCUUAAAAUAUGUCAACGAGGGAAAAUCCAUGAUCGACGUAAUAUACACAUCAUUCGAGCGCUACUGCAGAAACUUGCCGCCUGAUUAUAAUUCUCUUAUGGUGCGACGUAUUUCUGCCGUUACUAUGGACGAUAUGAGCCGCGUGGCAGCUUCGUAUGUUAAAUCGUUGUUUGAUCCGAAACGCGUCAAAACUGCCAUCAUCUGUAAUAAGUCCAAAUUCGCCGAGAUAACAAAGGCUUUUGAAGGGAUGAAAUACAAUUUUACAAAAAUUAAUUCUAAUGUACUGUGAACAAUUAUGCGAAAGAAGAACAAGACUGAUCUACUGAAUAAAACUUUUAAAACACAGUUGUAGAAAAGAUACUUCUCAUGUUAUACAGAAUGUCCGAUAAUUUCUUUAAAAUCUUUUGUAGACAGGUAGAAGAAGUGAAACUGAGUCGAAAAGUUUUGAACCAGUUUUUUCUAUUACAUAUAAAGUAAUUAUUGAAUAAAUCAACCCAGAUUUGGAGAGCAAAAUCGUAUUUUAGUGCGUCGUCACAUAAACAGUAUAUAACCAAUAAAUCUAGACAGCAUUUUGAACGUAAGUAUUCAAUUGUCAUUUUGUACGUGAAUAUCCAAUCAGUACACACAAGAACGAUUCAUGCAUCCUAGAUUCCGGUAAAAACUUUUUUAUAUAUAUACUUAUACACAAUUUUAAUUUAUUAUAUUUAAUUAUGCAAAUGUAUAUGCCAAAUAUGACCAUACAAUGUUAUACAUAAAAAAGUUUUGCUAGGAUAUGUUAUAUACUGUCAAAUUAAGAGUAAAUAAGUUGUAAUAUGUUAGCUGUUUGCUCUUUAUUUGUUGGUUUUUUAAAUAGAUAUGAGAUGGUUUCUUGUGCGGAAUAUGCAAGUACGUGCGCGACGAAAUAUGUUAAGAUACAAAUUUAGGCAAAUCUUAUACUAGAUUUACAUAUAUAGUAAUUGAAGAAAAUGGUUCAGGACUUUUUUUUACUCAGUUUUACUCCUACCUGUCUACGAGAGAUUUUUAAGUAAUUGUCAGACACUUUGUAUAUACAACAUUUACAGCUUUGUGUUUAAUUCAAACGAUAUGUAAAAAACUGUAAAAGCAAACUUUCUAGUAGAUGAUGUUUUGUGCAAUAUUGUUUAUACUGACGAAAAACAUAAGUAAUCAUGUGAUUGGCAAACAUGAAUAUUAUUGUGUAUGAAGUAACAACAAUUAAUAC